AUGUCGAGAUUAGGAAAGUCGAAAUCAAGUAUAGAAGAGAAACAAGUAUUUCGCUAUGAAGCGCCUUGGCCAAUUUAUGCUAUGGAUUGGAGCAACAAAGAGUUUAAUGGACACAGACUGGCCAUAGGUAGUUUUCUCGAAGAUGCAGAAAAUAAGCUUCAAAUCAUUACUCGUGCAGGACAAACAAAACAAUAUGCAACAAGAAAUCAACCUGACUUUGUUGUGCUGGCUGAAACGAGUUGCUAUUAUCCAAUUACCAAAGUACUAUGGACACCUGUCAAAGAAAGAAGAGAGAGUGACCUUAUUGUUACCUCAUCGGAUCAAUUGAGGGUCUACGAACUCAUCGAUACAAGCCGUGGACACUCGAUCGUAAGAAGGAGAGAACUGGCACAUGUGAAACAAAACGACUUUUGUGCACCGAUCACUUCAUUCGAUUGGAAUAAAGUAGAUACAUCACUUGUUGUCACAUCAAGUAUUGACACGACUUGUACCGUUUGGAAUAUCGAAACAGGUCAAGCAACAACCCAACUUAUAGCUCAUGAUAGAGAUGUCUAUGACGUAGCAUUCAUGCAUCAGAGCCCCGAUAUGUUUGCCAGUGUGGGUGCUGAUGGUACAAUAAGACUAUUUGAUCUAAGGGCCUUGGAAAACUCGACAAUCGUAUAUGAGUCACCACCAAUUCAUAAUCAAAAGUUUGCAUCAGCCAUCAGUAACGGUUCACAGCCUCUACUGCGUAUCGAGUUCAAUCACUGUAAUCCAAAUCUAUUAGCCACCUUUUCAAUGGAUUCAGAUUCAAUUAAAAUACUAGAUAUCCGAUACCCAACUGCUCCUGUCAUCGAACUAAUGCACAAGAGCAUCGUUAACUGUUUUAACUGGGCGCCCAAUAGCCCAGAUAGAAUCGUCUCUGGAGGAGACGAUCAGCAAAUACAGAUAUGGGAUACAGUUGAAUACUAUAAUCAGCGACACAGUGAAACCUUUGUGAUCAAUAAACCGCAGCUAAACUAUACGGCGCCCGAAGAGAUUCACUGCAUCAGGUGGAAUACAGCAAUACCAAACUGGAUAGCGAUUGGAUUCGGAAGAACGGUACAAACGGUCCAUAUCUGAUAUUUAUUUAUAAUAAAAAUGGCUUAAAUAAGAUUCUACAGCUGAGUCUACACUAAUGUCAACAUACGACUGACACAUUGACUUGAUGAUUGUCUUAACAGAUCCAGACAGGUUUAUGUCCACAUUAACCUGUAGUUUCAUUAGGCCUGGGAUAUUGAGGGCCAGAUGUCGAAUAUGUGUUUCGAUAUGAGUGUCUAUAUAUAAAUGUAGUGCCUUUUCUAUGUCGGGUAAUGCUUCAUGAAUCUGAGAACGAGCUAACGUCUCUGCUUGGGUCAUGACACGUCUCAGUUGACGCCUGUUUUUUGGCAUAAAG